AUGCAGACAUCAGGUGAAGAAGAGAUAGAAGAAAUCAAGCAGUCCCGCUAUGCUGAAUUUUACUUGGGGCUGUCAAGUAUUUGGUUCAAAGCACGACGGGCCAGUGAUCCAGAAUGCCUCAUUCAUUUAAUUCUUAGUAAAGUUGGAGAAGGUGAUCAUAUCAUUGAGAAACUCGUCAAUGAGACUGAGGAGGAUUUCCUGCUCAGGAGAUUUACAGAGUCGUUUAAACAACUUCAAUUCAGUAACCAGGAGGAUGUUGUGAAACGUAUUCAAAAUAUCUUAUUUUAUGAUCCAGGUUCUUGUCGAAAGGAAGCAAGUUGGGUAACAGAGGAGCCUCCGUUUGCUCUUGAAUUCAUAAAGGUGAAAACUCCAAAUCUAAGAGUAUCAGGAGGAGCAGCAGCCACUCAAGGAGGAGGGCAGGGAGCAAUUACACAAGGAGGCCAGGGGACAAGCCAACAGUAG